AUGAUUGACAAAGAUUCCAAGUAUUUUUCUCUAAGCGGUGACAUCCCAAUUGGUGGACCAAGCACCUGGCAGAGUAUCGACUGGGACCAGAGACGGGUUGUCUCAGUAACUAUGGACGGUGAGCAGGACGACGAGAGCCUCGCCAUUGAACAUUUCAGUCGCCAUAGCAAUCAACUAUCACCCGAUAUUCACAGGAUAUAUGUAUCGCAUAACGGCGAGAUCAACUCAACAUAUACGGACUCGAAAAAUGGUCCAACCUGCUGUGUACACUAUCCAUCCCUUCACGAUGCCUGUCCCCCAGAAGAAGUUCAAAUUGUUCGGCGGGACAAGCUUGAGGAACUCGAGAGGCUUGGCCCCGAUGCGGACCUUGUUGCAUACUCUCCAUGUAUAGAGGGAUCUGCUAAAAAGGGCGUCUUUAAGUACUACUUCUUGUGGCAGUACGCCCAAAUGUCCUGGAAGGAGAUGAAUCUAUGGAUGCGUCUCCCAUGCAAUCCAAAUAUCGUACCGUUUGACCAAGUGGUCGUUGACGAGCUUGAGGGUCGUAUAGUCGGAUUCACUAGCAACUAUGUGCCUGGCGGCAAUCUAGAGGAGAACAAGUCGCGCGUGUUCAAGCUCAAGUGGCUACAACAACUUAUAAAGGUCGUAGACGAAUUGAACCUCGGACCUGGCAUCGCGCACCAAGAUAUCGCUCCACGGAAUCUCCUGAUCAAUGAGUCGACAGACUCUAUCAUGCUCUUUGAUUUCAACUUUGCGGCCCGCAUCAACUGUCCCUCAUCUGGAGAGGGUGAGAGCUACGUCGAGGAACGGAACGAUAUCAAGGGCGUUAUAUUCACCACCUACGAGAUUAUUACUCAAGAUGAUAGUCUCCGGAGUAUUCCUCACGAAGAUCAAAACCUCGAUAACCUCGAGUUAAAAUGGGUGACGCAUCCGGAGGUAAAGCUAGACCAUCCAGUCGAAUCAUAUCAACUUAUGCUGAAGGAAUGGCGGGAACGAAGGGAACGAGACUCUCGUUCAGGCAAUGUCCCAAGACUCAUUGACUGGCCGGCCAUGCCCAAGCCACCGCAGAAGACCAUUUCUUUAAAAACUGUACAAGGGCAGACAACCUCCGUCACAGUGGACAACUGGUAUGAGAGGCGGCAGGAUAUCCGGGGUAGGGGUGAUAAGGUACUAAACUGGGAACGGCCACCACAGAGACUACUAGACAACGGGAUUCGGGUGCUCUCGACCGGUGAGAUACUCAACUGCUAAAAAGCCGGGUUUCUCGAAGCUGUAUGUGGCCCAAUACGCGUACGCAGAUCUACGAAGUAAGUAUCUGGCUUCCGCGGAAGCAAAUACACACGGUAGUUUUGUUACAAACCUCGGAACAAAAACCAAUUCAAAUAUGUAUCUCAGCCGUAAUGGUGUGGUAGUUCGGGGGGCUAGGAGAAUGCAUAAUUUAUGGAGAAAUAUCAAGCAAUUCGAUCCCCUUUCCUUAUAU